GUUUCAACAGCAUGUGCCUUUCCGGGAAAGUAAACUGACUCACUAUUUCCAAAGUUUUUUCAAUGGCAAAGGGAAAAUAUGUAUGAUCAUCAAUAUUAGUCAGUGUUGUUCCGCCUAUGACGAAACACUCAAUGUAUUGAAGUUCUCAACCAUUGCACAAAAGGUGUAUGUUCCAGAUACUUUAAGUUCUUCUCAGGAGAAAUCUUUUGGGUCCAUCAAAUCUUCUCAAGAUGUAUCAUUAGACAAUAAUUUGGAUGGUAAAAUACUAAAUGUAAAAAGAGCCACUGUUUCAUGGGAAAAUAGUCUAGAAGAUGUGGUUGAAAAUGAAGAUUUGGUUGAGGAUUUAGAAAAAACCGAAGAAACACAAAACAUGGAAACUGAACUUACUGAAGAAGACAUAGAUAAAACGUUAGAGGAAUGCAGAGUCUUCAGCAGUCACAAGAACAAGAAACUGUUGGAUUUAAUAGAAGACUUGAAAAAAAGACUAAUAAAUGAAAAGAAGGAAAAGUUAACAUUGGAAUUUAAAAUCCGAGAAGAAGUUACUCAGGAGUUCACUCAGUACUGGACUCAACGGGAAGCCGAUUUUAAGGAGACACUUCUUCAGGAACGAGAGGCAUUAGAAGAAAAUGCUGAACGUCGCCUGGCAAUCUUCAAAGAUUUGGUUGGAAAAUGUGACACCCAAGAUGAACCAACAAAUAGAAUUUGUGCCAUGAAAGUUGAAACUGAAGGAGCUCGUAAUUAUGUAGGAGUUGAAGAUAUUAUUGAUUCUCUUCAAGAUGAUGUCACUGAUAUUAAGAAACAGGCUGAACUUGCUCAUUUAUAUAUUACAUCUCUUGCUGAUCCCCAGGAAGCUAUUGCUUGUUUGCAGCUAAAGUUUAAUCAAGUUAAAGCGGAGUUAGCUCAAACUAAAGAAGAAUUAAUUAAAGCCCAGGAAGAGCUAAAAAAUGGAGAGAGUGAAUCAGACUCUUUGGUUCAAGUGCUCAAGACAUCAAGUAAGGUUGAUACAUCUUUAACCAGCAAUAAAUCAACUUGUAAUGAAGCAGUCACAAUGCCCAAGAACAACAGAACCCAGACACAUUCAGAAAGGAAAAGAUUAAAUGAAGAUGUUCUUCAGCAAGAUGAACCACCAGCAAAGAAAGGACUUAUGCUUGCCAGUCCACCCAUCACUGAAGAACAAGAGAAAGGUGAAGAAAUGCAGCAAUCUGUUUCAGAAGGUGGGGAAGGCAUUAGAGUUUUACAAGAAAAGAACGAAGAACUAAAAAGGCUUUUAAUUAUUGGCGAGAAUGAACUCAAAAGUGAAAAGGUGGAAAAAGCAGAAUUAAAUGAACAGCUUGUGAGUUUGCAGCAGCAGCUUUGUGUCGCUGAAGAAAAGAACUUGACUCUGAGGACAAAGGUGGAACAAAUCCAGGCCAGUUAUGACAGUGCAGUUGCUGAGUUACAUAUGCAGAAAGCUGUGAACCAAGAGCAGGAGGAGAGGAUCCUGAAAUUGUCACAGGAGUUGGAAACUGCUACAAGAAGCAUCACAAGCAAUGUUUCACAGAUAAAACUAAUGCAAACAAAAAUAGAUGAACUGCGGUCACUUGAUUCACCUUCUCAUAUUUCAAAAAUAGAUUUACUUAAUCUCCAGGAUCUGUCACAUGGUCCUAAAGGGGAUAAUUUGCUGAACACAUCACUACAGCUUCCAGAUAAUGACAUGUCAAGCAAAUGGGUUAAGGAAUAUCAUAUUCAAGAGCACAAUAGGGAAAUUUCCUUCCACUCUGUUAUUGAAACCAUCUGGGGAGUAUGUAAAGAGAUUGUGAAGACCUCUUCUGAAAAGUCUCAUCAGAUUCAGGGCCUGGAAGAGCAAAUUGAAAAAUUACAGGUAGAAGUAAAAGGCUACAGGGAUGAGAACAAUGAACUACGAGCAAAGGAGAGUGAGGGUAUGCAUCAAGAUCACCAACUGAAAGAAAAAGAAAGUCUUAUACAGCAACUCAGAGAAGAACUGCAAGAAAAGAGUGUUAGUCUUGGGGUUCAAGUACAGCUUGUGGCCGAAAGAGAGCAAGCUCUUUCAGAGCUUACCCAGGAUGUUGCGUGCUAUAAGGCAAAAAUAAAGGAACUUGAAAUGAUGGUAGAGACCAAAAAGGAUGAGUGUAGGCGCUUAGCCGAAUUAGAGCAAGUCAUUUUAGAGAAGGAAUCUGCCAUCUUAAAUCUAGAAGCAAGUCUGAAGGAAUUUGAAGCAAAUCACCAGGAUCACAUCAAAAACACCAAAGAUUUAAAUGAAAAGGAAACCAAGUUGGAAGAAGAAAUCUCCCAGUUGACAAAUAACUUGCAUAAUAUGAAACAGUCACUUCAGCUAAAGGAAGAAGAAAGAGAAGCCAGCAGACGAGAGACAGAAAAAUUGAAAGAGGAGCUUGCUGCUAACUCUGUUCUUACUCAGAAGCUCCAAGCAGAUCUUCAGAGGAAGGAAGAAGAUUAUGCUGAGCUGAAAGAGAAACUCACUGAUGCCAAAAAGCAGAUUGAGCAGGUACAGAAGGAGGUAUCUGUAAUGCGUGAUGAAGAGAAAUUAUUGAGGAUUAAAAUUAAUGAGCUGGAGAAAAAGAAAAACCAGUAUUCUCAGGAAAUAGAGAUGAAACAGCGGACCAUCCAGCAGCUCAAGGAGCAGUUAAAUAAUCACACAAUGGAAGAAGCUGUACAACAGUAUGAGAGAGUAUGCAAAGGUCAGAACCAAGUUCCUCUUUCUAGAAUAAAAUUGACUGGUAAAUAGUUACAAUAACAGUUAACAUUUUUUCUUUAAAAAUGUAGAAAUGAUGGUGGCCAAAGAUACGUUAUCAAAAAUAAAAGGCAUUAAUUCUGCUAAAUAACUUUUAAACUUAAAAUUGAUUAUUAGAAAAGCAAUAGGUAAUAUUCAUUCAGUGCAACACUGAUUUCUUGGAUAUGGCCAGUACUUUUUAAAAAUAUUUUUAUUGGUUCUUUGAGAAUUUCAUACCAUAUGUUUUGAUCGUGUUCACCGUUCUCCCAAUUCUCAGAUCCACUCCAUCCUACCUUUCCUGUUCCUCCCAACUGUAACACGAAUUACUAAAUGAUCUUAUUAAUAGAAAACACGGAACCAGGUAUUGGGGUAAAAGCUGAAACAUCAGAGAAAGAGAAUAAGCCAGCCUCGUCCUUACCUCUGUGAAAUCUUCAGCCUCGAGAGAGAUCCUGUUUAUUCACACCUUAGAUACCUUUCUAUGCCCUGCCAUCUUACUUACUUCCUAGUGCUGGGAUUAAAGGUGUGUGCCAUGCCUGGCUCUGUUUCCAGUAUGGCCUUGAACUCACAGA